AUGCGGAGUCAGUUCCGUGGUGAAGCCAUCGACACCGCCGAAACCGACGUGCACUUCCCCCAGCUUUCCGUCGGAGAUACCCUGAACUUCGCUGCUAUGGCUCGCGCUCCCCGCAACCGUUUGCCGGGGGUCUCUCGCGACCAGUACGCGGAGCACAUGCGUGAUGUCGUCAUGGCUAUGCUGGGUUGUCUCGCUGAGAGGUCCUUCCCUCGCCAAAAUGCCAAGCCCCUGAUAGCCGCAUUUCGAAACUCCACGGACAAAAUCGUUACCAACCCGGGUGUCCAUGGUGUGGGUCGGACCCAGCAUAGCGAUGACGACAUCCGCAUGUGCUCCGCGUACUGGUCGCGAGAGACCCCCGGCAAACGGUUGCGGGGAGCGCGAGCCAUAGCAGCGAACUUCAGGGUAUCUCCGACGGAAAGCUGGGGGAAGUGCACGUCUGUUUCGGCGGUGUAG